CUCUCUCUGCACGGAGGCGGCCAGGGAAAAGGCCCUUCUCUCCUCAAGGACAUGGCGAUAGGCCACGUCCCGGAGAGCGCGGGCGGAAGGCCCCCGUGGGCCCGAGGAGGAGGGGUGCGGGGUCAGGAGGGCCCGGGUCCCACUCCGCUCCCUCCCUCCUCCCUCUCUCCUCCUCUCCUUUACCUGUCCCAUGCUGGGCGCGCCUCCUCCUCCUCCUCUCUCUGUCUCUCUCUCCUCCUUGGCUCUGCCCUGCCUCCUCCCUGGGCGCCUGGGGCUCGGGGUGGGGUGUCGCGGGGGAGGCCCAGCCCGGAUCCCGCCCGUGUGCCUCGGCCGCGGCGUGGGGCUGCUGGGCUCGCCAACCUGGCCGUGACGCAAGCAGCGGCGGCGAGCCUACUUAAGGGCGGGCGGCGAGGCGGGCGGGCAGAGACACUCAGGGCGACCUCGCCUCGGCUGCGCUGCGCCCGGCGACCCUCGCCGCCCUCCUUCCUUCCUUCCUUCCCGCCCGCCCUCCUUCCUUCCUCCCCCUCCUCCCCUCCCCUCCGCCGCCACCCUGGGCCCACGCCGCGGGGCUCCCCCACGCAGGGCGGCCAGGGCCGGCCAGGGACCGUCGCGCCGCCGCCGCCUCCCGAUGAACCGCGAUGGGGGAAUGGACCAUCCUAGAGAGACUCCUCGAAGCCGCCGUCCAGCAGCACUCCACUAUGAUAGGGAGGAUUCUGCUGACCGUGGUGGUGAUCUUCAGGAUUCUUAUUGUGGCCAUUGUAGGAGAAACGGUUUACGACGACGAGCAGACCAUGUUUGUGUGCAACACUUUGCAGCCAGGGUGCAACCAGGCGUGCUACGACCAAGCAUUUCCCAUUUCUCACAUUAGGUACUGGGUGUUUCAGAUCAUCAUGGUGUGUACUCCCAGCCUCUGCUUCAUCACAUACUCGGUCCAUCAGUCUGCCAAGCAGCGGGAGCGGAGGUAUUCCACCGUCUUCCUCACUCUGGACAGAGACCAGGACUCUAUGAAACGGGAAGACAGUAAAAAGAUCAAAAAUACCAUUGUCAACGGGGUGCUGCAAAAUACCGAGAACUCCACCAAGGAGGCAGAACCAGACUGCCUGGAAGUGAAAGAGAUCCCCAACCCAGCCAUCCGAACGACAAAGUCAAAGAUGAGGCGGCAAGAAGGCAUCUCCAGAUUUUAUAUCAUCCAGGUGGUCUUCAGAAAUGCCCUGGAGAUUGGGUUUUUGGUGGGACAAUAUUUUCUGUAUGGAUUCAAUGUCCCAUCCAUGUAUGAAUGUGAUAGGUAUCCUUGCAUUAAGGAAGUGGAAUGCUAUGUCUCAAGACCCACGGAGAAAACUGUCUUCUUGGUCUUCAUGUUUGCCGUCAGUGGCAUUUGUGUGGUGCUCAAUCUGGCAGAACUGAACCAUUUGGGCUGGAGGAAGAUCAAAAUGGCAGUGAGGGGAGUGCAAGCCAAACGGAAAUCAAUAUAUGAAAUCAGGAACAAGGACCUUCCACGAAUGAGUGUGCCUAACUUUGGCAGGACUCAGUCGAGUGAUUCCGCUUAUGUGUGAUGCUGUGACAGUAACUUAGUACUUUUCCAGGGACCAUUGACCUAGUGGACAGUUGAAUUAGGGAAAGAACAUUGCUUAAGCAAUUAUUUCCUCAAAACACCAAGAAAGCCGUUAAGGUACUGGAUCUGCACUUUCUAAACCACAUGCAAACUGAGUGCUAAAUAAAAGACUGGUGAAGAAACAGCUAUACAACACCUUCAAUCUGGCCUUACUGCUCAGUUACAUUUCUCCUAAUGAUCCAACACUGUUUUGUUGAUGGACCAGCUUUAGGGCAGGGUCUAUUUGCCUAAUUGACAGAAAUGUAUCCAGAAUGUUUUUGUUUGAAAUGGCAGGGAAGCCAUUUCUUGAGGGGGAGGGCUGGGGGAGGGUUUUGCAGCAAUAUACAAAUGCAAGCAUGUCUAUAAAAUGCAGGAUUGGAGUUAGAGGUUUGCACUAUCCAGGCAAAUGGCUACAAUGUCCACCAGUACGUCUGUGAGAUUCAUCUCAUGGAUGCCUGAUCUCACACUUGUCUGCCUGUGUGACACAGGUAAUUAUUACUGUGUAUGGUUAGCAUUUUUCUACCAUUGUUUUUUUGUACAAAAACAAUUAUACAAAACAGUAGCGCUGAAUCUAAUUUUGCCAUGAUUUUUGGUUUUGCCUGUCUGCUCACACCAGAGACCUUAACCAUUUAGCUUAAUCGUUGUGCUAGCUGUGACCUACCAAAUUCACAAAUAAAUAGUUACAGAAAACACAGUUCCCUGCUGUGUGCGGAAGCAAGACAGAAUGACCUAAAGUUCAGCCAAGUUAUGUAUUUAACUACAUUUCAAAACUCAGACACACACACCUAUACCAAAGGAGCAGAAUUUAUCGCUAUUAACUGUGAACAGAUUCACCGCCUCUUUGCUCUUAUUGAUGUAAGUGCCAUACUUGAAGUUAAAGCAUCUAACUCUCUAUUUAGUCAAAGGCUUAGCUAGGGGUCCCAACUUGAAAUUAUAGGGUUUUAUAUUUUCCUUUUGUUUGGAUCAAGCUAUUUUUGGUUUUGAUUUUCUCUAGCUAUUGCAAUGGUGUAAAAAAAAAAAAGCCGAUAACUAUAUUGAUAAAGCAAUUGCCUUUUUGUAAAAUAGGAAGUUAACUUUCUUUUAUAUAAUACAUAUAUAUUAGUAGCAUUGCAUUGUUAUAUCAAGAUACAGUUUAUAUGGAUAUCUAUCUAAAACAUAGGGAUGAUUCUAUUAUAGCCUCUUUUGUAUUUAUGGCCUGGGUAACAUCCAAAACAUCUGGAUAGCCAUUUACAGGGUUGUUUGUUUUUUACAAUGACAUGGUGCUAUGGUAGGGCAAUGAAUUUGGAUAAUUCAGUGAUGCGGCAUGAUCCAGACAGUGCAGAUUUAACUAUUUGUGUAUAUGCAUGUGUGUGUGGAUAUCCUCUCUCUCUCUCUCUCUGCCCUCAACUCAUUUAUUAUUUUUCAUAAUGUGAGCCCAUCGAGGACAGCAAAUUAUAUAUCUCAAGUAUAAUUUCAAUUAUCUGGCCUUUGACUAGGAUGGAUUAUAAUUCCAUUCUGUCUAUGUGUGUGUACAACACACAUCAGAUUAUGGUUAUAGGAAUGUACAGAAACAUAAGGAUUACCUCUAGGAAUACAAAAUGUCAUUCACAUUAAUUUUAAAUACCUGGGCAAUUUUAAAAUUACAGACUUCUUAUAUAUUUCUAAUUUAAUUUAAAUAUUACUCCCAUUAUGUGAUCUAAAAGCUGCAUAAGGAAACAGCUGCCCCCCUUCUUCCCAGUUGCCAAAAAUCUUCUAGGUGAUAAACCAUCUGACUGGCUGAGCUCCACGCUGUUUCAUCUAUAGACAAUAUUCACUACGUUGUCUAUGAGAUCAACUAAUAGUUCAGUGUAUUGUAGGAGGUGAACAUUUAAGAGAUCGAGAAAACAGUCAGAACACUCAGUAUUUUUACAGUUGCCAGCUCAGACAUCUCUACUUCUUGGUGUUGAAAGUGGAAAUUCCAAGAUAGAUUAUACUGUAUUUUAUUUAAAGACAUUUAGAAUUUCUUUCCAGACCUUCAUGUUUACAACGUAAAGGCUGGAAGUGGAUGGAUAUAGCUGGGGCAUGUAAGGACAUUGGGCUGCAAUGGAGUAUGCAGCCCUAGGUCACUAACAUAUAUGUGUGUUCUCAAGUGUUUAGGCUGAACAUUUGAGUGGGACUUCUAGAUCAUAUUUAUCUGAGAUCUGGUACCUAUAUUAUGUAGAAAAGAAUACAUGCCUUUCCCUUUUUCUUAGCUCCACAAUAAUGUGUCCAGUGGGAAUAAUGUGUACAGAUAGUUGUGCCUAUCUCUACAAAAUAGCCCCAACUGCAUUUUUAGUUACACAAUUUCUUAUUGGCAAUUUGGUCUCAAUCCACAUUUGAGUUUAAUUAAUAUUUAUAUUUGUCUAAAAUCACACAAAUUAUUCCUAUUCCAGUCCAGAUAAUCUCCUUACCUUGAAUGCAUAUGGGCAUGAUAUCUACCUAAAUGUAGAAGAGAUCACAUCAUUGCUUUCAAUGGGAUGCAUAUUUUGGCAGAUAUCCAAAUGUGCACCCACACUCUGGUGCAAAUAGUCAUGUGUAAUGACACACAGUGACUAUUAUUAUUAUAAUUAUCAUUCAUACAUGAUUUUCCUUAAAUGUUUGAGGCAACAUGAACUAGAUUGGGGAGCUCAGAUAGUAGUGAAGAGUCAUACAGUACAAAGACCAACACACCCAAGCUUUGAAUUUAGGUAAUCCAUAAUUAAAGGAUGGGAAAAUUUUCCACUAAGUUUACCUUAUUAUUGUUGCUGGAAAUGAGACUGUCUGUUAUAAAAUGGUCUCCAGUGUUGGGUUAACAUGAUUAUGUGCUUGCCUUUUUAAAUAGACAAGCUUCUGUGUUCCAUUUGCACUUAUUUUGGUGUACAGUUCGAUAAUUUUUGAAAUGAAAACUCAUCAAUCACUGUAUUAUGACUUACACUUGUGAAAUUUGAUCCUGAUUCUAUUUCAAUCAUGGAAGUACUGGGAAAAUUCAAGGCAUGCCAUUUAGAGUUGUUUAUUGCAGGCAGCUUUUUACAUCAGACAAGGAGCUCUUAAUGAACUGUUAUUGUGUGAUUGCAUUUGGUAAAUGGCCAUAAGCAUCUCUCUUAAAUGUCAAAUAGGCUUAGAUGGGAGCAAUACGUGAUGGACUGCCUAUUAUCCCUAAAAUCGAAAAUAUAGUUGACAGGAUGUAGCAUCAAGCUGGUUCACACAUAGCCUGUAAGUCACUUAUUAUAUUUUAUUGUACACCUGAAAACUGGCCACACCUUGCCUUCAGUGAAUAGUAUGGUGUUUUAAGGGUGUGUGUGCGCAGUGUUACUCACACUAGUGAGGUUUUCACACAUGCAAUCCAUCAUUUGCUAUUCUGACCCAAAAGUGAUGAGUAUAUAUUUGUAUCACCAGUUCAUUUACUCCUUUAAGUGAUGAUGUGUCACUGUGAUAUAGCUGUGUUAAUAUUCAGGAUCUCGGCUGUGGGUUUUAUUUCUUAUUUACAGCAGACAAACUGAGGUCAUACUAAUACAGGGGCAAAGGAAGAAUUUAGAAAGGUUUAAAACAGUGGUUCUCAACCUGUGAGUCCCCAGAUGUUUUGCCCUUCAACUCCCAGAAAUCCUAACAGCUGGUAAACUGGCUGGGAUUUCUGGGAGUUGUAGGCCAAAACACCUACAGGUUGAGAACCACUGGUUUAAAAUAAGACUUUAUUGUGGAGCCACGGAUUCCUUUCACAUUUCUGCUCUUGCAAGACAUUCUUGCCAAAUUCUCCGGAUUUCCAUAUUUCAUAGCAUCCCCUGUGCUCCAUCACCCAGUCUCUCAGAAAGGAAAUAAUGCAUUUAUCAAAUUAAUAUAUAUAUUAUAUAUUACAUCAAAAUAGGUAAAACAGAUCUCAGGGUGGCUUAUCUUCCUAAUACCAGUCAAACAGUUUAAAAUAAUAAAAAUAAUUUAAAUAAGCUAAAAGUAUAUUAAAUAUAAUUAUGAGUUACAACAGAUGUAAAAGAUUGAAAUGAUUUCAAAACUCUGUACACCAGUAUUUGGGAUUAAUUAAGGAGCCUUUGAUGAACAGGCAAGUUUUCCCUUGACUCCUAAAUGAAAUGAGUGUUGGCACCAGUUGGACAUCCAAAGGCUCGAGUGUUAGAUGGUCCUCUCCCAUGUCCCUUGCCCCACCGCAGUAUAUUGACCUCACUGAUGGGCCAGAGAGGAUACCUCUCCUAGCAGAACUCAAUUCCAUUAGACAGGAACAUGUAGGAAGAAAUGCUCUGUCAUAUAUUAAAGUCCUAAGUUAUUUAGGAAUCUAAACAUCACCACAAGAACCUUGACUUCAGACCAGAAAUGUAUUUUGAGCUAUAUAAUGGGCAAGGGAAGCACUAUUGUACAAGCUGGGCUCCUCUCAUCUCUGGAGUCAGUCCUUUAACUUUCCAUAAAAAUGAAUGUUUUACAAUUGAUUAUCAAUCAUUGUUAUUUCAAAAUAUUUGUGGUCCCUCUCUACAUAUUCCUGCUAUCCCCAACAUAUUCCUAUUAUCCAGUAAUAAGUAACUGCAGAGCAUGAAUGUUAUUUUUAGAAGGCAAAACAUGGCAGCUAAAGAUUUCCAUCUGUAAUAUAUCAAGCUCCUAAAGAUUAUUUUUUAUAUAGAAAAAAUAUUCUCAGCAAAUCUGAUUUUCAUUUUAUACACUACUGAAAUAAACUUUAACCGCUAAUUUAAAUGGAAAUUACAUUAUUAGUAAUAUCAGUAAUAGUAGUAUUAGUAGUAGGAUUAGCAACAGUAGGCACAGUAAUAGUGGUAGUAACAGUAAGUAACAAAUAACUAUAAUGCACAAUAAGCAAUAGGCUAUAUACUCAGUGAAAUCAAUGGCAAAAUAAUACCUCUGGAUUUCACUAGUUCUGGGUCAUACUCAGCAUUAUUAACAUUGUACAGAUUCCAUAGUAUUAGAUCCCUAUCAUAGUUUCCCAUUGGUAUAUGUACUGGGAAAAAUGAUGAAGGCAUGCCUUGAAACCUAUCAGAUGAUAUAUUCCAAUGCUUUUAGUGAAAAGCACAAAAAUGGUACUCAAAAAAGCAAUACUGGUGACUUUCCCCAUUGCCACUACAGCAGCUUUUAUAUAGGCAAUGCACAACUUGUUUACUAGACUGGAAACAUGCAAAUGGAUGGGAAUAAAGUGGAAUAUUAACUUCAGCCAACUGUGCAGAUGUGUUUGCAUGCAUGGAAUACUACAGCAUUGUUAAUACAUGGAAAUCCUUAACCCCGUAGGUUUUAUUGAAAACUCAAAUAAAUCUAUUUAUAAAUGACAA